GGGGAAGAAACCUUUGAGAACUGGCUAAGCCAGGUCCAUGAGGUCCUGCCAGAGUGGCAUAUGUCUGAGGAGGAAAAGCUCAAACGCCUGAUGAGAACCCUUAGGGGCCCUGCCAGGGAGAUCAUGCGUUUGCUCCAGGCUUCCAAUCCCGAUCUAAACGUGGCAGAUUUUUUGCGGGCAAUGAAGUUGGUAUUUGGGGAGUCUGAGAGCAGUGUAACAGCACAAGGUAAAUUUUUAAACACCCUGCAGGCACAUGGAGAGAAACCGUCCCUGUAUGUGAUCCGUUUAGAGGUGCAGCUGCAGAAUGCUAUUCAGGCAGGGGUCCUUGCUGAGAGAGACGCAAACAGGAUUCGACUGCACCAGCUCCUUGUAGGGGCUGAGCUGAGUAGGGACCUGCGCAUCAAGCUUAAGAGUCUUCUCCAAAUGCAUGCGCAUAAUGAGCAGGAAUGCCUUCCCGACUUCCUGGAGUUAAUCAGGAUUGUAAGGGAGGAAGAAGAACGGAAUGACCGUUUGCUUGCUCAUAAACGGCCCAGAAGAUCUGAGUCAGUAAUGGAGAGGGCCGCCAGCCCUGUCGUAUUUCAGGGCUCCCUGCCUAUAGUGAUAGGCGGUGCUGAUUGCAAUGUCAUAGAGAUAGAUGAUUCCCAGGAUGACUCAGAUGAAGAUGUGAUCCUGGUGGAGUCUGUGCCUCCACUGUCCUCCUCCCUCCGAGGCAGAGACACUAUUCAGGAUCAGAUGCUAGCUAUUGAAUCCCCCAACUAUUUUGAUGAUGAGUCUCCUUCCACUAGCAGUGGUUCUGGACAGAGGAAUAAUGGGCCUGGGGAUCUGCGUAGAAACAGAAAGCGAAAGUAUCCAAUCCGCUGCCCCCACUGUGGUGAAGAGGGCCAUGCAAAAGAAACCUGUGACAGCACCAGCAACAAGGCUCAGGUUUUUGAGAAUCUGAUAGUCACUCUGCAGGAGCUGACUCAUAUGGAGAGAUCAAAACCCUCUACACCAUUCUAAGGGGUGAGAUUCAGCCCCAGAUCAGUGUUUAACUCUCCUCAGAAACUUAUUCUGAAAGAAACAGGUAUGGGGUGGCCUUCGGAAGGAGUUAAUUCAAAACCAGUUUGCUUGGGGAAGGAAAAGCAGACUUGUGUACCAUGUAAUGGAGAGGGAUGGCCCCACAUCAUUCCUUGCUUAUUCAUUCACCUGAUUGCUUAAUGGUUGUUUCCCUGUGUGUCUUUCCCUGGUGAUUUUAGUCUGUUCACAAAGUGGUAUCUUUUUGAACCUUCCAAGUGAAAAUAAAAAAAUUUAAAAAAAAAUAAAAAAAUAAAAAAAAUUAAAAAAUUUAAAAAAAAAGCAAAAGUACAUGUUACCUGAAAUUCUCACCCUGAUACAAUCAUUGUCAGCCCUUUGGUGAAUGUCUUAUGUAUUUCCCUGUACCUGUGUGCCUAGAUAUAUAUGUAUAGGUAAAAGUGAUCAAACCAGUAAGUGCUGUUGUAUAUGUAUUUUUUCAUCAAGCAGUAUAUAUUGUGGACUUCAAAAUAAAUGAAUAUAUAAGCAUCGAA